GGUCGCCGGCCGGUGUGCGGAGGUGGCUGGCAGGGUCGCGGAAACACGUCCUUGCCGGAUCUCCGCUUAGUACAUAUAUACACAAGUAACAAGCAAAGAAGAUCAAUCUAACCUGCAACUACAAGUACAUAUGAAUCUAACCUGCAAGGCUGCAACUGCGUUCGGCCAGUUAAUAGCUAGGAACCUUAUAGAGCCGGAUGAAUGGUACUUGGACCAGACAGUCUGCAAUAUGCAUGACGUUGUUCGCUCAUUUGCUCAAUAUGUGGCAAGAGAUGAAGCAGUGAUAGCUCAGAAAAUUGAAGUUGGCCUAACCAAUAAACUUAAUUCGCAAAAUGUUACUCGGUUAUCACUGGAAUGCAAAGAAUCAGAAUCAAAUGAGCUAGAAUGGAGUUCUCUACAAGGAAAUAGAUCACUGCGAACAUUGAUUUUAGUUGGGAAGAUGAAGAUCAACCCAGGUGAUUCGUUGUUGUCUUUUCCAUGUUUGCGGACCCUACAUAUAGAAGAUGGAAAUUUUGAUGCUUUGUCUGAAUCUUUGGUCCAACUCAAACACUUGAGGUAUUUGUCCAUAAAACGCACUGACACAUGUAGGCUGCCAAAAAGAAUUGCCAUGAUGAAAUUCCUGCAGUGCAUUAAUAUUUCUUACUGUAAAAGUUUGGUGAAGCUUCCACGUGAUAUUGGAGAGUUACGGCAGCUGAGGUAUUUAUGCCUUGUUAGCUCAGGAAUAAAUAGUAUACCCAAGACUUUCGGUGGUCUAACCAAUUUGAGGAUAUUGAAUGGAUUUCCAGUCCACAUGGAAGGUGAUUGGUGUAGUUUGGAAGAAUUAGGACCUCUUCACCAGCUUACAUUCCUUCAUAUACAUGGUCUGGAGAAUGUAUCUUCUUCCUCAUUUGCUAUAAAGGCCAGGCUUCGUGAAAAGGUGCGCCUUAGCUAUCUGGUCUUAAAGGGCACCAGUACACGUGGAGGUCCUCACAGGCUGGUAAAAGAGGUAGAGCAGCAACAAAUCGAGAAGGUGUUUGAUGAGCUCUGCCCUCCACCCUGCUUAGAAACUCUGUGUAUUGAAGAGUACUUUAGCCAACAACUUCCAAAGUGGAUGAUGCCUACAGAAAUUUCGUCCCUUGGAAGCUUGAGGAAUCUAUGGAUGGAAGACUUGCCUUAUUGCACGGAGCUACCUGAUGGCUUGUGGCAGCUCCCCAGCUUGGAGUUCCUAUAGAUUAAAAGCGCCCCAGGCAUCAAGCGUAUUGGGCCACACCAUCAUGAGCACCCAAGCCCUAUGGAAAACGUUGGUUCUGAUUUGGAAAUUGAGGUGGUUCGGUGUACUGGCCUCAAGAGGAUCAGCAAUCUGCCAAAUUUGCAGAACCUUAUAUGCCCAGAGUUGAUGGUACUAGAGGGUUUGCCUGCACUUCAGAGACUCGUGCUGGCGGAUUUCUCUCGCUGCUCGCUUCCAUAGCUAAAGGGAAAUCUGGCCCCGAGUGGGACAAGUUCAGCCAUAUCAAGCAUGUGAAGGCAUAUGCACAUGAUAACGACAACAACAUUAAAAGGAAGUGGUACGUCAAGUACACGAGAGAUCAUUUCAGCUUUAAGACAAACAUCAGCGUCUCUGCUGACGCCUCAGGGGAUGAAACGGAGGAAGCGUUGUUGGACGAAGUGGAGGAAACUUCAAGGAAUGAAAUCGAAGAAGAACUUGUCAAUGUGGAACAACUGAGGGAGUAAUAGAGUGGAGUGUCCGUCUGUGACCUAUAUGGACAGAAGGAUCCUUGGAGUGGCCAUCACCUUGACUGAAGAAGUAUCAAUGCAGAAUUUGUGUUGCGAUUUUGUUCACUUCUGUUAGACUACAUUUCAUUUUGAGGCGGUCAGAUAUUCGACAUUGCAAAUAAAAAGAGACUGGAAUGUCAUGUGAACUUGUUCCUUAAUUUUUCUUCAAUGAUUUGUGUGCACGUUACUGUUCAAUUCUGAUGCAGUUUACCAGUUGUGAACUGAGAGGCCUAUAUGUAUGUAAGUUGACUAGUAACAGAACAAACUAAUGUUGCAGUACAGCUUCAUUAAGACGCUUGCUGAU